AUGGAGAAGUGCUUGUCUGCAAUAUUUAAAGCUUGCUGGGGUGAAGAGAAAGAGCAUGAGAAGGCUUUGGAAGAAGCCUCUGAACUUCUACAAUUUCUAGAAAAUGAGCUCAAGGAAAAGAGGUAUUUUGGUGGAGAGGCUGUUGGACUGCUAGUCAUUGCCGCUAACAUCAUAGGCUACUGGCUUGGAGUUUUUGAAGAAGCUUCGGGGGCAGAGUUGUUGACAAGGGAGAAAUUUCCCAAACUUUGCAAUUGGGCUAAUGAGUUUGUGAGUGUUAGUGCCAUCAAGGAAAAUCUACCUCCUAGAGAAAAGCUGAUUGCCUAUUUGCGAAAUCGCUUUGGGGUUGGUGCCACUUCCAAAUAG